AAAGAUCUCCUUGUAUAUAUAAUCGUACAAGCAUUUCUUUCCAUUCAGCCUUGAGUUCUGUUAAAUUGUUGUAAAAGAGAUGUCUUCUAACAGUGCAGCUGCCAUUUCUCCCUAUGAAGUAGAGGAAGUCAGAGGUGUACUCCAUAUCUACAGUGAUGGUUCGAUAGUCCGAUCAGCUAAGCCGAGCUUCACAGUCCCUGUCGACGACGAUGGCUCGGUUAUUUUCAAAGAUGCCAUGUUCGACGCAGCCAAUAAUCUGCAGCUUCGGCUUUACAAGCCUGCAGCUUCAUCCAGUUCUUGCAAGCUUCCAAUCUUCUACUACAUUCAUGGUGGCGGCUUCUGCAUUGGCUCGAGAACGUGGCCUAACUGUCAGAACUAUUGUUUUAAGCUGGCAUCGCAGCUCCAGGCUGUGAUCAUCUCCCCGGAUUACAGGCUAGCGCCAGAGAACAGGCUCCCUGCGGCUAUUGAAGAUGGUUUUAUGGCGGUGAAGUGGCUGCAGGAACAAGCUGUGUCGGAGGAGCCUGAUGCGUGGCUUAAUGAUGUGGCUGACUUUAGCCGUGUUUUUAUAUCUGGGGAUUCGGCUGGAGGGAAUAUUGCUCAUAAUUUAGCAGUUCGACUAGGGGCUGGUUCAGCCGAGGUGGCUCCUGUGCGAGUCAGGGGAUAUGUUUAUCUGGCUCCAUUUUUCGGGGGAACUGUGUUGAGUAAGUUUGAGGCUGAGGGACCACAAGAAGCAUUCUUGAACUGGGAGCUCAUCGAAAGGUUCUGGAGGCUUUCUAUUCCAGUUGGAGAGACAAGAGAUCAUCCUCUAGUGAAUCCAUUUGGACCUGUAAGCCCGAGCCUCGAAGACAUGGCUCUUGACCCUAUUCUUGUAGUGGUUGGGGGAAGUGAUUUGCUAAAAGACCGCGCAGAAGACUACGCCAAGAAACUGAAGGAAUGGGGAAAGAAGAUUGAGUACGUAGAGUUUGAAGGACAACAGCAUGGAUUCUUUACUAUCAAUCCAGAUUCACCAGCUUCAAAAGAGCUGAUGCUGGUCAUUAAGAAAUUCAUAACCGAAAAUUCCAGCUAAGGAUAUUUCGCCUGCACUAGCAAUCCUUGACUUUCUCUUCUACAUUUCGCUUGCUUGUGUUUGGCUUUUACUAGGCACAACCUCUUUGGAGGAUAGCCUUUGUUUUCGUCUAUAUGGAAUAACGUACAAUUUCUCAUUUCCUUCAUUUACAUGAAA